UAAUGUACGAUAGCAUAACAACUGAAUAAAGACCAACUCUCUAUAGAAAUUCUGAUUAGAAACAAUAAUAUUAAAUGCCUAUAACUAAUGAUUCACAUUUACAUCAUUUAACACCAAUGACAGGCAUGAAGACUUAUGAAUCACCAUCUAAACCAUAUACUUCACCUGAACAAUAAACAAUGGCAUAUACAACAUCUCCAAAUAAUGUUAAUUCAUUUGUUUCUCCCAUAAGACCAUAAAUCUUACAGCCAUAAUUGAUUUCACCAUAAAAGCCAAUACCUUCAUACAUUAAUCAAUCACCAUAUAUUAGACCAUAAAUCACUUCAAUACAACCAAUUCAAUUACCACUUAAACCUACAAUAGAAGAGAUACAUAUUAGUGAACAUCCAGUCUAAGUGAUUAAAAGAGAAGAAUUAGACAGAUCAUAUUAAGAAUAGAUUCAAAAAUUAGAAAAUCAAUUGAAUAGUUUAUAGAUGGAAAAUAUAAAACUUAGAAGUGUUCAAGCAACUGAAAAAAUAUCAAUUGGUGAAGAUGUCACAAGAAUAAAUUAAUUAAAGGAUGAGAUACAAAGAUAUAUGAAAAUUGCUUUUGAAUUAUAAUAAGAAAUUGAUAUUUGGAAAAAGAGAUAUGCUGAUUUUGAAGCUGAAGUUAGAUUUCAAUAUGGAGUAGAAUAAGAAUUAUCUAAUACUAAAAGAGGUAAUUUCUAUAUAUAUAUAUUAAUUAUAGAUUUAUAGGAGACUAAUAUUAUAUUGAAUCAUGAAAUUAAAAUGCAAAAAGAUUUAGUAUUAGAAUGGUAAAAGAAAUAUAAAGAUCUUGAAUUUAAGAUAUUUGGAUUCAAUGAAGAAAGUAGUGUGAUACAAAAAACUAAGGAAUAAUAAAUUAGAGAAUUAUAGAGUAAAUUAGCUUUGAUGACUACAGAAGUUGAAAGAGUUAAUGUUUUGAAUGAAUAGAAGAAUAAUGAGAUGGAAAGAUGGAAAGGUAGAUUUUAAGAUAUUGAAACUGAAUCAUUAGAGAAAGAUAGUAGAUUAACUUAAUUAAAUACUGAAAUGAGUAGAUUAAGAUAAGUUAUUGAUAAUUUAAAUAGAGAAAAUGGAUUACUUAAAACUAAAAUUAUUAAUCCUACUGAAUUUUAGAAUAAAAUAAACUUAUAAUCUUAAUAAAUUGAAUAAUUGUAACUCAAACUAAAAUAAAGUAAUUAAGACUAUGAAAAUUUAUAUUAAGAACAUAAUCAAUUAUAAUUAUAAGUUUAAUUGAAUUAAGAUAAUAAAGCAUAAUCAUAUAAAGAUUAGAUUGCUAAAUUAGAAUUGGAAUUAAGAAAAGUCUAAAGAACAUUUUUAGAAAAGGAUCAGUAAAUAAAAGAGCUGAAUGAAAAAAAUGAAGAAAUGGAAACUGUAUUAUAAAAUUAAUAGUCAUCCUAAUCAAAAACGGAGACUUAUGUAACACAUUAUGUUAAUGUAUAUAUAAUUAAAUAUUUCAAAAUAGGAAGCAAAUUAAUGGAAAAAGAAGUUUGAAGAAUAAAAUAAGAAAUAUUUUGAAGUCUAAGAAAAAUUGGCAUUAGCUGAAGCAGAGUUGUAAUCCAUAAAGAAAAGACAAUAAACUUAACCAACAGUUACCCAAACUGUAUAUGAAGUCAAAAAUACUUCUACAGUUAGGACAAAUAAUAACAUGAAUUAGACUGCUAGAAUUCCUUGAA